AUGGCAGUCUUGUCUGACACAGCGACCCUAGGUCUGGUCAUUCCUCUGCUGCACACGCUCCAGAGUUCAAUGGCCUCCUUUCUGGACCCAGAUGCACCACAUGCAGACUUGUAUCCAGGAGUGCGUGCACUUGUGAGAAGGCUGCAGCAGGGCAUAGAUGCCAAGUUAAAGCCUGUCAUGGAGAAGGAGUUGUACGUGUUGGCAACCGUGUGUGACCUGCGCAUCAAGGGCACUUUUGCCGAGCGGGACAGGAACCUCACGUGCGCCAGAGAUGCCUUCUGUGCAUGGACAGCAAAGACAUAUGGAAACAUUUACACUAUAUGGGCAGGGUCUCAGCCUCUGGUAAUACUGUCUGGAGUCAAAGCAAUGAAAGAAGGGCUAGUAAAGCAUUCAGAAAUGGUCUCUGGGCGACCAAUGAGCCCAUUCUAUAAGGCUGUCACAAAAGAAAAAGGUAUUAUAUUCUCAAAUGGUCACAUCUGGAAGCAGCAAAGGAAAUUUGGGAUUGUUACCCUGCGGAAGUUGGGGCUGGGUAGGAGUGGUGUGGAGAACCAAAUACAAGAAGAGGCCCUACAGCUUGUUGAGACUUUUGCUCGUACAAAGGGGCAGCCAAUUGACCCUUCAUUACCCAUCAUUAAUUCUCUCUGCAACGUGAUAUGUGGUCUGGUUUUUGGACACCGGUAUUCUGUUGAUGAUGAGGAAUUCCUCAAUCUGAUUAAAGCCAUUGAAAAUGGCGUAAAAUUUGGAGGUUCCUUCUUUCAUCUUUUGUAUGAAGGGAUCCCAUGGCUCAUGAAACAUAUCUCAUGGCCGUACAAGAAGGUAUUUGAUGGUGUAGAUGUUGUGCUUUCACUUGCAAGGAAAGAGACAGAAAAGCAUAGGGCGCAACUGGCACAACAUGAUCCACGUGAUUUCAUCGAUUACUAUCUACUUCAGAUGAAGAAAGAAAGCAAGAAUGACCCCACUUCAACUUACGAUGAGGAAAACCUGGCUCAGUGUAUUUCUGACUUUCUUGUUGCUGGGACAGAUACACCCAGUGCCACUCUGCGAUGGGCACUGCUUCUCAUGGUGACUCAUCCAGAUAUCCAAGAGAAAAUCCAGAAGGAGAUAGAAGAGGCUUUUGGUACCUCGCAAUUAAUCAGCUAUCAAAAUUGGAAGAAAGUGCCCUACACGUUUGCUACAAUUCAUGAGAUCCAGCGUUUCAAAUGUGUCUUAUUAGCUGGCAACCCUAGAGAAUCUGUGGAGGACGUGAACAUUCUUGGUUCUUUCAUUCCUAAGGGCACCACUAUUAUUCCAGAUAUACACUCGGUUUGUUAUGAUCCCAAGCUAUGGGAGACCCCUCAAAAGUUCAACCCCAAUCAUUUUUUGGACAAGGAUGGACAUUAUGUGGAUAAAGAAGAUUUUUUGCUCUUUGGUGCAGGAGCCCGUGUGUGUCUGGGGAAAGAGUUGGCAAAGAUGGAGCUCUUUAUAUUCCUCACCAACCUGUUGAGAGCAUUCACCUUCAAGCUGCCAGAAGGAGUGAAAGAAGUCAACACAGAACCUGUGCUUGGGUUGACAAUGCCUCCCCACCAUUAUAAACUCUGUGCUAUUUCUCGCCUCAGGAAUUCAUGACCCAUAACAAUAAUUAGAGCAGCUUAUUUCUUUAAAAAAAACUUUUCUCCAUUCAUUUAAAUUCCAUCCAAUUUUCUGCUAAAAUUUGCUCAAUUUGCUGUCCCAGAGUUUCCCUGUUUCCCAUUACUGUUUAUCUGCCAACAUGCCCGGAGAAAGAAUUCAGGCAGAUCUAAAUCAGUCACUAUCCCCUAAGAAAUACCAUUUUCCCUAAU